AUGGUGGGGCCCCAAAGCACCAGCGAACUCUUCGAAGACCGACCACUCGUCAACGUUCCGUCGCCGGAGAGCAAGAUUCCAGAUGCACCGUUAACAGGUGUGCGCGCCGGGCCUACUCCGGAAUGGAAGAUGGACUUUGUCAUAUGGUUCAUGGUCAGCAAUACGUUUCUCCAAUGCGGACUAUCCGGCCUCAUGUGGGGUAUGAAUCGUUACAACAGACCAGCUUGGGGCGUCGGACUGCUCGUUGCUCUAGCUUGUGGUGCUGCCGCUACCGGUGGGUUGAUGAUGUUCCACGAAGGGAAGAAAGUGAAGAGGAUUGAAGGUGUACCAGUUAGUGAUAAGGAUGUAGAACAACUCACGAGAGACAAGGAGCUUGGCGUGACCCACUAUAACAACAUCAAGGACAAGAAACCAAAGGAGAAGAGGAAGAAAAGAAAAGCAAGGGAGGCUGAGGAUAAAGAGGCUGCUCAGCUUAGCAGCGGUUAG